AAAGAAUAACAAAAUAUUCCAACAAUUCUUUAAUAUGUUUACUCAGUAACUUGUUAAGAGCACAUUAUCAAAUUAAGAGACACUAAAAAUCUCUGUAGUAGUAAAUGAGUAGGAGAGAUAGCCAUGUGUACUUACAACCAUAUCAAACAGAGAGCAUGUUAUCACUUAUUGCCUAAUAUACUUCAUAUGUAUUUUUAGUGCCACCAUCACAUGAUCGUCUGUUAUCACACCCUUAAAGAGUACACACGAUACCUUUCAUUUAUUUUACUGUUGAACUAUUCACUGAAAGCUUGCUUGUGCUCUGAUAUGACAAAAUGGCCGAGGCCCUGGUUGCAGCUUUCACGGAUAAUCUCUUGACAUGUAGCAUCUGUCUGGGAGAGUAUGAGGACCCCCGUGUGUUGCCUUGCCACCAUACAUUUUGCUAUGGAUGUAUAUCUAAUCACGCUACGGGAGCAGUGACUCGGGGCAAGACCUUUCCGUGCCCCCUUUGUAGAAAAACGACAAAAUUCCCAAAAGAAGGACUCAUGAAACUGAAAAAAGAUUUCCGUGUUCAAAAGGCAAAAGAACUUUUGAGUCAGCAACAUGAAGUCUCCAGGUCAUCUAUAAUGAAAGAACCUGAUGAACAUGGAGUGGCACAUGGCAUACAAGAAAUGAUGAUCAAAUGUGAGAAACAUCCUACAAAUGAACUGAAAUACUAUUGUGAAGAUGAUGAUAGCACUGUGUGUGGAGACUGCGCGAUAGCAGAGCACUACAGACACGGUAUUGUGACAGUUGAAAAAGCUGCAAUUAGUAAGCGUAAAAAGAUUAAAACUGCCCUUGAGAAAACACUGUCAAAACAGGACACGUUCAAAGCAGCAGCUAUCAAGAUCACAGCUAGUGAACUACAGGACUUUCACAUCAGGGAAGCCUCCAUAAACAAUAUCAAAAAACAGGCUCAACAUAUCCGUAGAUUAGUUGACCAAAAAGAACAAACACUGAUAUCAGAGGUAAAUUCUGCCUAUGAUAUCAGAAAAAAGCAGAAGAAGGCAAACAAGGACAUCCUUGAAAAUCACUGUGCCUCCUUGCAAAGUGCCUACAAUUUUGCCCAAGAACUUAUCACAAAUGGUUCUGACUCUGAUAUCAUGAUUCAAACAAAAGCUCUGACAGAGAGACUGACAGCGAUAGAGAAAAUGCCAUUUCCGACUCUAGAUACACCAGUACAGGUAUCCUACUGCCCUGGUAACAUAUCUACGGUCGGACUGGAAGCCAUGUUAGGGCAGGUGGCAGUGCAGUUGGAACUACCAUUAGCUGGACUGGAAACAAAUCCAAAAACAGUGACACAACCUCCUGUUUUCCUAGAGAAGGCAGAAUGUGUGCAUUCCUUCAGUGCUAAACAAAAAGAUGACACAAGAAAUAUGUCCAUAACAGGGUUGGCUGUAGAUGAGCAACAUGUGUUUAUUGUGGAUAGAAUGAAAAGAAAUAACAGAACAGUGGUAUUCACACAUGAAGGGCAAUUCAAGUUUGACAUAAAGCUACAAAGUCCAUUUGAUGUGGCUGUCUCACAGGCUGGUCACCUGUAUGUAACAUCACAGGGUGACAAAUGUGUCAAAGUAUACUCCACCAGAGGUCAGCAGCUGACAACUAUGGGUCUGGGACAACUGGAGCUGCCCCAUGGAAUUACAUUGGGCACCAAAGGUCAAGUGAUCAUUUGCGACAACCCCUUAAUUGAAACAAAAUCUCUCUUCACCUUCCAUGCAGAUAGUGGGCUGCUCUUGAACACUAUUCCACUCACUAUGUGUGCAGACUCGCAGUAUAUUGCAGUGAACAAGGUGAAUGAUAACAUUGUGAUAUCAGAUUUAGACAAUAACUGUGUACAUGUGCUGACACCUAGUGGUGAUCAGCUGUACCAGUAUGGCACACAAGGCAGUGGUGACGGUCAGCUAUGGUGUCCUUACGGAGUCUGCACAGAUAGCCAUGGCCACAUUUUCAUUGCUGACUGGGGUAACCACAGGAUAGUGGCACUGAGUCCACAGGGACAGUUUAUCAGAUACCUUGCCACUAAGGAUGAUGGGUUAAAGUAUCCAGCAGCAUUAGCAAUCAACCCUGCUGGCCAGCUGGUGGUGGCAGAGGAAAAGGGCAUGGUGAAGACCUUUCAGUACUUAUAAAAGACUCAUCAUUUACUGAUUGCUAUACUAGUCUUUAAGGUUACAAUGUUCAGCAUGAAAGGUUAGAGAACCUGCUAAGAAAGACAUUCCAUGACAUACAAUACUAACUAUUCGACUUUAAGUCUAAGAUUGACAGCAUAUAUAUUGCAAUGCUGAGCUCUAAGAAUUUCUAUAAUGCUAUAUACUUUAAAAUAACUUUAAAAGACACUAAGAAUGUUGAUGGCAUGUCAUUGAUUACUAUGCCUCCAACUGAGGAGGGUUGUUUGGGAGGGGGGAGGUAUUUUUCAAUGUUAUUGAUGUAAUUAAUACGUCAUCCAUCCUUGUACUUGGCCUAUCAAUGAGAUGCAUUAUCUGACAAUACCCCGAGUCCACCUCUUAAAACUUGUCCAUAAUAACCACUGUAUAGAUCUUCUUGCUACUGAACAUUUAGUCAAUAACCAAAGUGUAAAGUUAAAACUGCCUUUUUAUCAAACAAAGCCAAGAAAGCAAAUUUUACUUAAGCAAAGAAGAUACUGUUUGAUAAUAUAAUAUCGAGGUGAACUCAAAAAUCAUAUGCCCCCCCCCGGCACCAUUUACAAAAAGAGAAAAAAAAAAUUUUUUGCUAAAUAUUAGGUUACUAAGAUUCAGCUGGCUUAGUUGUGCUUCUUUUCUUGUUUUAUCUGUCUACAAUUUUAGCAGCUAGCCACAAUGUAAGCCUACUCAGAAGCUACCUAUACUCAGUUAUUGAGAACAAACUAAAUAAAAUUUUCAAAAGUACAUAACUUCUUCAAGAUAUAC